UAUUAUUUUUUUGUAUGUUUUCAGUUGCGAAAAUCAAUGCGAAUAUGGAUUUUACGGGAAGGAUUGCAAGGGGAAAUGCGGUUGCGGCGACGGCGAGACCUGCGAAUCGAUCGGCGGUAGUUGCUCCAAAUCGGAUGUAACGAGCGCAAAGACGACGUCAACGACGACGCCGAAGAGCGUGGAUCCUCCACGUCCACCCCAAUUCGACGUGCACGUCCUGACGACCGACCGGAUCACAACGAUCCCACCCAACGUCACAGAAACCAUCGUCUUGCGAUCAAUAACCGUUGCAUCACCAGGAAACGUGUCUUCGGAUGAUGACGAUGAUGAUAGACCCGAACUGGCGUCAAUUCCAAACGGUUUGGCCAUCACCAUCUGCUCCGGUAUCGCGGCCAUCGCUAUUCCAAUUAGCGCGAUGUACGUGAUCUUCGUCCUGAUGAGGCGACGCACAAACGACACCUCGACGGAUUCCGAGUCCAAGCCGAAGAGCGUUUACCAUUCCCCAUUACCUGAUCCUCCAGCCUAUCAAAACCAAUUCGAAACGGAGAUUCUGAGCAGCCUCAGCGCCAAAGGAUGCAUGGACCUUCUGUACGACCAUCCACCAUCAACAGGAAGCUACAGGGCUGCAGCAAUACCCGAACCAGAAUCCUCGGAACCUCUGUACGACGAGAUACCUUGCUGGAACAAUCCCAUAGUUCCCGAAGAAACGCAUUACGCAAACACCGACAACGAAGGAAACACGAGACUGUAACGCAUCCCAAAAAUUAUUUGAUUUACAUCUAUAUUAAGUUAUGUAUAUACUUUCUACUGUGACCAAAAUAAAGAUUUUCAU